AUGUUGCCUAGAGUCUUCGUAUUGGCCAAAUCAAUGGCUACCGUCCAAAGUCGUGGGCUACUCACCAGUGCUGCGCAAUCGCUGGUCUCGAAACCGGUUUCCGAAGGAGAUCCGGAGAUGUUUGACAUCUUGCAACAAGAACGUUACAGACAAAAACACUCUAUCACGCUGAUUCCGUCCGAGAACUUCACCUCAAAGGCCGUGAUGGAUCUGCUGGGUUCUGAAUUGCAAAACAAGUACUCUGAAGGCUAUCCAGGCGAAAGAUACUACGGUGGUAACGAAAUCAUCGAUAAGUCCGAGUCCUUGUGCCAAGCAAGAGCUUUGGAACUGUACGGGUUAGACCCUGCCAAGUGGGGGGUUAAUGUCCAACCAUUGAGCGGGGCUCCUGCCAAUUUGUACGUCUAUUCCGCUAUCAUGAACAUCGGUGAAAGGCUAAUGGGAUUGGAUUUGCCCGAUGGUGGCCACUUGUCUCAUGGAUACCAAUUGAAGUCAGGAACACCCAUCUCUUUCAUAUCCAAGUACUUCCAAAGUAUGCCCUACCAUGUUGACCACACGACUGGGUUGAUCGAUUACGAGAACUUGCAAGUGUUGGCCAAGGCAUUCAGACCAAAAGUCAUCGUUGCCGGUACUUCUGCAUACUCGAGACUAAUAAAUUACGCCAGAUUCAAAGAAAUCUCUCAAGAAUGCGGCGCUUACCUGGUGAGCGACAUGGCACACAUCUCCGGCCUUGUGGCAGCCGAUGUUGUUCCAUCUCCAUUUGAGUUCUCCGACAUUGUCACCACAACCACUCAUAAGUCUCUAAGAGGCCCAAGAGGUGCCAUGAUUUUCUUCAGAAAGGGCAUCAAAUCCGUUACCAAGAAGGGCAAAGAAAUUCCAUACGAGUUGGAAAAGAAAAUCAACUUCUCCGUGUUCCCAGGCCAUCAAGGUGGUCCUCAUAACCACACCAUCGGUGCAAUGGCCGUGGCGCUGAAGCAAGCCAUGUCCCCUGAAUUCAAGGAAUACCAACAAAAGAUUGUUGAUAACAGUAAAUGGUUUGCUCAGGAGCUAUCCAAGAUGGGCUACAAGUUGGUUUCUGGCGGUACCGAUAACCACUUGAUCGUCAUUGACUUGUCCGGUACUCAAGUGGAUGGUGCACGUGUGGAAACCAUCUUGAGUGCCUUGAAUAUAGCGGCUAACAAGAACACCAUCCCAGGUGACAAAAGCGCUCUUUUCCCAUCUGGUUUAAGAAUAGGUACCCCAGCAAUGACUACCAGGGGAUUUGGCCGUGAAGAGUUCUCUCAAGUUGCCAGAUACAUUGACUCUGCCGUCAAACUGGCUGAAAACUUGAAAACAUCGGAACCAACAACAAAACUGGACGCAAGAUCAAGGCUCAACGAGUUCAAGAAGUUGUGUAAUGAAUCUGGUGAGGUCGCCAACUUGUCUGAAGAGAUUUCCAAUUGGGUGGGCCAAUACCCUGUCCCGGGCGAAGCUUAA